AUGCGAACAGACAACUCGGCACUUCCACCCUCAUUCAUUCUAGAAAAUACAAGGGUAUAUGUUAUAGCUACGAGUGCAAAAGUUAUCAGAUCUUGCCAGCUUCGUCAAGUGUUCCAAGACACAUUCUGCAUUCCUGAAUUCUGGUGGGCCCAACAUCUUGAUAAUGCCAACGGCUACUUUGGAUGCGAAGAUACAGAUCAUGUGGGAGGUGCUGGGUUCAACACCUGGGCAUCUUUCGAAGUCAAACAUCUUACUAGGGGCAUGAAAUAUCACUGGUCUAAGGUCAAUUUAUUUACGCGAUGGUUUAAGUCGACUGAACAGACUGGCAUUCUACUGUUUGGGCCGCCCGAUGACCUCUCGACUCCACUGUUUGAUCCAAAUCCGACACAACUCAAUGACCCAUUUUGGAUGUACAGUGACAUCUUGGGAGAAGUUGGGCGGCUCCAAGAGGGUUCAGUAUGGGGCAUCCGAGAAUAUGUUCGGGAUAUUGAGAAAGCCGAAACGCCCGCAGAUCAAAAGCCCAAUCCUAAUUACAGACGGCUCCAUGACAUCGCUCGACAUGCAAUCCAUGUUACCGAAACACUAGAUGUGGCAGCCCAAAAUAUUGAGCAUAUUAUAAAGCAGCAUGAAAUCUAUACCAACAUGCUAGCGGAUCCUCAACCCAGAGCCCAUCAGCUUAUCUCCCGGCGGCUGGCAUUCUUUCAGAGCUAUGUCGGCAGCAUACGGCAUCGGUCUGUGUCAAACCAGCUACGACUACAGAACGAAAUUCAACUGGCAUUCAACAUUGUGGCUCAGCAUGACACAAGUGUUACUGUUGGUAUUAGCCGUGCUGCGCGGUCGGACAGUGCUACAAUGAAGACACUCGCAUUCGUUACUACGACUUUCUUACCACCAACGUUCCUUUGUGCAGUGUUUAGUAUGUCAUUCUUCCACUACGAUCUAGAGUCAGGCUGGGGUGUCUCGGACAAGUUGUGGAUAUACUGGGUAUGCACUAUCCCAACCAUCGUUGUUUCAGUCCUGCUCUGGUAUUUUUGGCCCAAGAUGUUUUCAGAUCAUUCUGAUGCCAUGCAUGGGAAGAAGAAUGGUACAGAAUUGCCUACUUUUAUCUGA